AUGGAAACUGUCCAAGGGGGGUCAGGAAAUGCCGCUUCCACUAUGCCCAUCCAGACAGAGUCGAGGAAGCAGACCGUAGAUGUGUUGAGAGUCGAAUUGGAGAUGGUUCGACAGGAGCUGUCAAAAAAGGACGAUGAUAAGACCGUCGAAAGAUUGAUGAUGACCAUCGAAGCCCAGCAGCGGACAACUAACGACUUGACAGCUAAAUUAGACGUCCUACUGAAAACCCAGGUACCUUCCCAUCUAAAUACUGAACAUUCUUCCCAAACACUACAAUAA